GCUUCACAUAGGUUAAAACCACCUACUCACGAAAACAACCCCAAACCAUCCCGACUAACGUUACGUUCAAUGGUGUUGCAUUUAUAUCGUCUACCCAUCGGAAUAUAAGGGAACCUAAAACGAUUUAUUUUGAAAUUAAGAAUAUUUUUUCAUGUAAUAAUGUACGCCCGYUAGCUACGCCACAUUCCUCUGAUAGCUACAAGUCGCCAAUGUGAUGUUAUAUGCGGAAAGAGGCAUACGGGAACCCCAUUGAAGUAAUGAGGUGAAGAAGCACAAAGCAGGCUAAAGCAGCUGGCUACUAGCUACCUUCCAUACUCUGCUAAGUCUGAGACUGGGUCCUCCGGGUGUCCCCAUCCAAUGCUCCUGAAACGCCAUGAGCCACAGCUGGGGAGGAUUUACUACUCCAUAGACUGCCAUAUCUCCUGCAGCCUUUCCCUCUCUGUCCUGGCACCGUCCCCCCUUCCCCAUUGGCGGUGAUGAAGAAGGUGGGGCAGUGGUCGGCGGAGGAGGUGUCCCAUUGGCUGAGCGAGGAGGGGAUGCAGGAGUACGGCGACUCCCUCCAGCAGGCGGACGGCCCCGCCCUGCUGCGGCUCACCCCGGAUGACUUCCUGACCCCGCCCCUCUCACUGGUCUCCUCAGACACCGGGCGGCAGCUCUUGGAACGUCUGGAGACCCUACGGAUCGAGCACCACAUUGAGGAGCACCAAAAAAACGGCCACGCCAAUGGCCAUGGGAGGCUGCCCAACGGCACUGCCAAGCCCCUGCGGAAAGGCUCGCUGGGGCUUAAUGGCUUCCGGAAGGAGAUGGUCCAAAUCCCCAUCCCCAUGUUGGAGGCUGAACGCUCUGGGUUCCCCCAGGAGUGGGGCAAGACAGGCGUAGCGUUCCUCUACGCAGUCUGCUGCUUUGUCACUACCACUGUGGUCAUCUCGGUGGUCCAUGAGAGGGUGCCGGCCAAGGAGCAUAACCCACCGCUGCCCGAUAAGUUCUUUGACAUUUUUGACCGGGUGGAGUGGGCCUUCUCUAUCUGCGAGAUCAAUGGCAUGCUGCUGGUGAGUCUGUGGCUGCUGCAGUGGACCCUGCUCAAGUACAGAUCAAUAAUCAUCCGUCGGUUCUUCUUCAUUGUGGGUACCCUCUACCUGUACAGAUGUGUCACCAUGUACAUAACCACUCUGCCUGUUCCAGGGAUGCACUUCCAAUGCUCUCCAAAGCUAUUUGGGAACUGGGAGGUUCAGAUGAGGAGGAUCAUAAAGCUGAUCGCCGGCGGAGGCCUGUCAAUCACCGGCUCCCACACCAUGUGUGGAGACUACCUGUACAGCGGCCAUACAGUCAUUCUAACGCUAUCAUAUCUCUUUAUCAAAGAGUAUUCCCCUAAGAGGUUUUGGUGGUACCACUGGUUCUGCUGGACUCUGAGUGCAGUAGGCAUCUUCUGCAUCCUGCUGGCUCAUGACCACUAUACUGUGGACGUGGUGGUGGCUUAUUUCAUCACAACACGUCUCUUCUGGUGGUACCACACCAUGGCCAACCAGCAGGCGCUGAAAGAGACGUCCCAGAGUAACCCAUUCUCCAGAGUCUGGUGGUUUCGACUGUUCCAGUACUUUGAGGGAAACGUCAAGGGCAUUGUCCCUCGAAAUUAUCAGCUGCCGUGUUCAUGGCGAUCGUCUCCGUGGAGCCAUGGGGUAAAGUACAGCAAAGUGGACACCCAGUGACCCAGGUCACGUGAGGGGUGGGAGCUGAGCGAGAGACCUCCUGAAGUUGUGAUCAUCUGAAGGAGAUGAUGUCGUGUUGCCAAGCCAGUGCUGUUCCCUUGACUUGUUGGGCUCAUAUUAGAAAAAUCCCAGUUCUGGCUAGCACUGUGACCAUAGUCUUACUUUAGCACUACAAAUAAUUGUAUUUUGGGAAAGGUUUUUGAAAACUUAGCACACUACUUUGAUCAUGUAUUUUUUGCUUGGGACACUGCAAUGUUUCGUUGUCUACAGCAGAUCUGGUUAAUAUUUAAAUAUUACAUUUCAAUUUUUUUUGUUUUUUUGUUUUGACCAUGGCUGUAACAAGUAGUUUAGACUCUUUUUCUCUGCAAAUAAUUUGAGAAAUUCUGGUCCGAUAAGGUCUACCAAGUGCAAAUCAUGUCACUGAAAUGUUUAUUUGAUAACCAAAAUGCCAUAUGUUGUCUGGGGGAGUUUUAGAUGCAAAACAUUUUUUUAUUUUUUAACAAAUUACUUUUUUGUCAACUACAACGUGGCAAUGGUGCAAAAAAAAAAGUUUUUUUCUAACAAUUGCAACUUUAUUUUUCAAAACAAAUAAUGUCCCCAAAAAUAUUUUUAGAUUUUUACCUUUUUCAAGAUUGAAUGGUGAAAGCAGAAGAAUCUGUGGUAUUUAGAAUUGUUCCAGUGCCUUCCUUAGCUUGAUUGGACUAUGUGUCUGUGUUCCUAUGCCUCGCGCGUGUCUGUCUGACUGCCCACAAGGUCAGCAUGAAGCGGUUCCAAAUGAUUGUUCAAGUCCUGUUCGCAUGAAUGUAAGAAUAAUAAUGCCAGCCUUAUAUGGUAAUUAGUCUUCCCAAAACCAAAAACAGUGAGACGAGUGAAAUGUCCUGUUAAUUUAUUUAUGUUUUCAUAUAUAAUAUUUUUUUCCAUAGCAGGUGAUGUUAUAGCAGUUAAUGAAGGACCYUUAAGUUGUUUGGUUAUGUCCUAAUCAUUUACUUAGCCAGUCUUGACCGUGUUCUAAUCUUGUUCCAAUCCUAUUCUAACCAUGUCCUUGCAAGAUGGUCCCAGAGGGUUUUCAGUCCUCUAACAUGUCAUUAAGACUUUAAAGCUGAUUGACUUGCUAAUAAUCUUGUAUCAAAGGUUAGUUGCUAACUUUGAAAGAAUGAUGAAAACCAGGAAACCCUCUGGACCUCAAGGACUGUACUGGAGUUGUGCAGCACACCUACAAGUCUUUGUAAGAGAUACUGAAUCCCUAUUUCGUCAAACAGUGUUCUCGAUACAGACCCAGAAAAUACAUCUUACUGGCUGUUGUAGACUCGGCCAAUAGAGCAGUGUGUUCCUGAAUGCAGCCUGCCAGAAUGUCUUACUGAUAAAUAAGGCCGGAAGGACACCAGUAUCACAAUAUUUUUUCCAUUGCAAAAUGAAAACCCGAAGCAGGCUAACUCUUUGAUCCUUUUAAAAACCUACUGUAUGUUAAAUAUCGUUUGCUAUAGCUCCCGAGUGACGCAGCGGUCAAAGGCACUGCAUCUCAGUGCUAGAGGCGUCACUACAGACACCCUGGUUCGAAUCC